ACCCGCAGAAGUACAGCUGCCCGCGUACGUUUGAAGACAUUUGAAAAGUGGUGAAAAUAUACAUUGGAGUGGGCGAGUUUGAUAUUUCGUCUGAAAUGGCUGGCAAAAUUAAAGUUGCGGAUGACUGUAGCUAUAAAACAUACUCUGUUUGCGAAAGUGCCGCUGAUAGCAGCAGCACCAGAGUGGAGGAAGAUGGAGAAAGCGACGGUCCAGCGGUGUUUAUGUGCGGCAAAUGCAAGCUGCCCAUCGGUGACAGUCUGUCCUGGGCAGGCAGUGAUGACGAGCAGAACCAAAUCAUGCUCAAACGGAUCACUGACAAUGUUGUCAUAGGCAAAGAACCCUUUGUUUCUGGUACCCGAAAGGAGCUUGGAUGCCUUGUUGUGAAUCUCACCUGCCGUGGCUGUUGCUCAGAAUUAGGAGUUAUGUACAUAUCAACCCCAAAAAAGCUUGAUUACAAGAGAUCUCUUUUCUGCUUUAAUGUUGAAAAUAUUGAAAGCUAUGUAGUCGGCAGUCCAGGCCAGCAGGUGCCAGAAUUAGACAAAGACAAGCCAGUGACCCUGGAGUACCAGAACAUUGUAGAACAGCAGAUGACAGAGAUAAAAUCUCUAGCUGUGAUAAUAGGACAACGCCUACUGGAGAUUGAAAAUAACCUCCAGUGCAGUUCUGGAAAAUGAUAUGAGCUGUCUGUUUUAUGACUGAAGGUAAUAAUCCUAUGUGUCUGUUGUGAAUAAGGUUUUUGGACUCUUUAGUGUAAGAUAGUUUUGUCUGGACAGUUAUGUAUUUACUAUACAGUUGUAUGCAAGUGACACAUUUGUACAAUUUCCAACCUUUUAUUAAUGUCAAGGUCCACACAUUUAAGAGAUGUCAUUGGAUAUAGGUACAUAUAUUAGAUAUUACAACAUAAAAUUGUAUUAUUUAAAAGUUGCUGUACUGUUUGUUAGUAAAACACUCUUACUGGAGAACAUGUUUGUUUGCAUCUCAUAUUUUGUCAGGUGUGAUCCUUGUCUUGUCAUAUGUGAUGAUAGUAUUUAUAAGAUGGAUACACAGGGUGAGCAUGCACA